GCGGGGUUUGGAAGGCUGGAGGACAGACGUGGACUUCCUGGGCUGGAGGUGGACGUUCGCGGACUUCCUGGGCCAGGCUCCUGGGUGGCACUGGACAGUGGACUCCGACCAGGGACUUGGCCGUCCUGCCCUAGCCUUCCCCAGCCCCAUUACAGUUGCCGCCACCAUCAUGCUGACCCCCAGGACUGCAUUCCUCUUGACUCUGCUCCCAGCCAUUGGCUCCCUGGACCACAGGGCACAGAGGCCACCCCGACCCCUGUCCCACUUCAGCACCAUCCAACCCAAGGCCGGCUUCGAUGCUCAGCAGUUUGCAGGGACGUGGCUCCUCGUGGCCGUGGCUUCCUCGUGCCGCUUCCUGCAGGAGCAGGGCCACCAGGCUGAGGCUACCACACUGCAGGUGGCCCCACAGGGUGCAGCCAUGAGGGUCAGCACCUUCCGAAAGCUGGAUGGGAUCUGCUGGCAGGUGCGGCAGCUCUACGGACACACGAGGGUCCCGGGCCACUUCCUGCUCCAAGCCCAAGGUGCCCACGGGAAGGUGGAUGUAGUCGUCGGGGAGACGGACUACCGCGACUUCGCCGUUCUGUACCUGCAGCGGGCACAGCAGCUGUCAGUGAAGCUGUAUGUCCGCUCACUCCCCGCCAGUGACACAGCUCUGAGUGCCUUUGAGCAGCGGGUCCAGGGGGCGGACCUGACCGAGGACCACAUCUUGUUCUUCCCCAAUUAUGGUUUCUGUGAGGCCGCAGACCAGUUCCACAUCCUGGAUGAAGUGAAGAGGUGAGGCUGGCAGCAGCCCCACGCUUAGCGGGAACGAAGACUUGAGACGGGGUGCCCACUGUCCCCUCCCUGAGCCCUGGCACUCCACAGGGUCAGGAAGGCCCCAGGAGGGCCUCUCCCACCUGCUCCUGAAGCUGCCCCUCACCGCCAGGAGCUCGGGGACCCUGCCUUCAUUAAAUGCCAUCAGCCUCCA